UGUGUGUGCGCGGCUUCACUCACUGCAGCAUGGCGGAGGGAGGCGGACCCGAGCCGGGCAACAGUUCAGACCAGGAGCCGGUACACCACCAGCCUGCGGUCCCUUCUAUCGAGAACCAAAAGCAGAGCAUCGGAACGCUACUGAAAACCACACUGCGGAAAGGAGACGAAUGGUAUUUAAUCGACAGCCGGUGGUUUAAGCAGUGGAAAAAAUAUGUGGGGUUUGACAGCUGGGAUUUGUACAAUGUUGGGGAGCACAAUCUAUACCCUGGCCCUGUUGACAACUCUGGACUUUUUUCAGACCAAGAAAUGCAAGUGCUGAAAGAACAUCUUAUUGAUGAGUUAGACUAUGUCCUGGUGCCCACAGAUGCAUGGAAUAAGCUUGUCAGCUGGUAUGGUUGUCUGGAGGGGCAACGACCCAUUGUCAGAAAGGUGGUCGAGCAUGGCAUGUUUGUCAAGCACUGUAAAGUGGAAGUCUAUCUAUUGGAACUGAAUUUGUGUGAAAAUGACAACAUGGAUAAAGUGGUAACUCGCCAUUUCAGCAAAGCUGAUACUAUUGACACCAUCGAGAAGGAGAUGAGGUCUCUCUUUGAUAUCGCAUCAGAAAAAGAGACGCGAUUGUGGAAUAAGUACAUGAGUAACACCUACGAGCAAUUAAACAAGCCUGACAGCACUGUUCAGGAUGCUGGGCUUUUCCAGGGCCAGGUGCUUGUGAUUGAGAGAAAGAAUGAAGAUGGCACAUGGCCCAGACAAGCCUCCCAUCCCAAGUCCAGUACAGCCACAUCCAGGACCUACACCACUUCACCGAAGCUCUCCUCCAAUUCACCUGCCACUAUUUCUUCUACAGUGACCAACGGAGACAGCAGUAGCAACUCAAGCUACAUGCUAAACAACAGCAGCUCAUCUGGUAACAGGUUGGGAGGCUACAGCUCUUACAGCUCAUCAUACAGUUACAGAGAGUCUGCGGCACAGCCUGGCCUUUGUGGCCUAAGCAAUCUGGGCAACACCUGCUUUAUGAACUCUGCACUCCAGUGUCUGAGUAAUUCGCCACCGCUAACAGAGUAUUUCCUGGAGGACCAAUAUGAAGCGGAGAUCAACCGUGAGAAUCCAUUAGGGAUGCGAGGGGAGAUCGCCGAGGCCUAUGCAGAUCUGAUCAAACAGAUGUGGCUCAGUCGGAGCAGCUACGUGGCUCCCAGGACUUUCAAAACACAGGUUGGCCGCUUUGCCCCUCAGUUCUCUGGGUACCAGCAGCAGGACUCUCAGGAAUUGCUGGCCUUUUUGCUGGAUGGCCUGCAUGAAGACCUAAAUCGGGUCAAGAAGAAGCCGUACUUGGCCCUGAGAGAUGCAGAGGGACGGCCAGAUGAGAUUGUAGCUAAGGAGGCUUGGACGAACCAUCGGUUACGUAAUGAUUCCAUCAUCGUUGACAUCUUUCACGGCCUGUUCAAGUCCACACUGGUCUGCCCCGAGUGUUCCAAAGUGUCUGUCACUUUUGACCCCUUCUGCUACCUCACUCUGCCUCUGCCCAUGAAAAAGGACCGCACCAUGGAGGUGUUUCUGGUCCGCAAUGACCCUCAGUCUAAACCCAUGCAAUUUCGUGUGGUAGUCCCCAAACUAGGUACAGUGGCAGAUCUGUGCAGCGCAUUGGCAAAACUGUCCGGAGUUCCUGCAGAAAAUAUGGUUGUUGCAGAUGUUUACAAUCACCGUUUCCAUAAAAUUUACAAAAAAGAGGAAGGUCUUAACCACAUCUUGGAAAAAGAUGAUAUCUUUAUAUACGAGGUGUUGGAGGAGGACAGUGAUCGGAUGAAUCUGCCGGUGUACUUUAGAGAGAGACAAAUGAAGCACAGUGGAGGCUCCUCAAGCGCCAUGCUGUUUGGACAACCACUGCUCAUCACAGUUCCUCGCCAAAACCUUACUCCCGACACUCUGUAUGAACGCGUGCUGGAAAGAAUUGGGCGCUAUGUAAAGCACUUGCAGGGCACUGUAACGGAAAGCAAAGCAGCUGCUACAGCUACAUCCUCCAAUAGCCAUUCACUGGAUUGUGGAGCUUCAGCAUCCAGCCACAAAGCAGGACUAAGUAGCACUAGCAGCUCGAUGUCCAAUGGAGCAUCCUGUAGUGCUGGUUCCAUUAAUGACAGCAACCACUCGGAAACCUGCAACGGCCCCAAUGGAGUGUGUGAACGCGAAGAAGAGGCCAUGGAUCACCAGGGCAGCCCAGAUCCAGAAAGCAGCCAGUCAGAGACCGUGGAUAAGGAAGAUGAGGCCUCAGAUUCUGAAAACAAACCCAUCACUAAAAGUGGAAAAUCUUGUUCCUCCCGGCCUAAACUCUUUUCUUUUAGUGUGGUGAACUCCUAUGGCACGGCUAACAUCAGUUCCUUACCAUGCGAUGGCAACAGCCUCAAACUCACACCACAUUCCACUUUAGCCAUUGACUGGGACUCGGAUACCAAGAAACUGUGCUACGAUGAGCAGGAGGCAGAGGCCUACGAAAAGCAUGAGAGCAUGAUGCAGGCUCAGAAGAAAAAGGCCACAGUAGCUUUGAGGGAGUGCAUUGAGCUCUUCACUACCAUGGAGACUCUGGGCGAGCAUGAUCCUUGGUACUGUCCCACUUGUAAAAAGCACCAGCAGGCCACUAAAAAAUUUGAUCUGUGGUCUCUACCCCGGGUACUGGUUGUGCAUUUGAAACGUUUUUCCUACAACCGCUGCUGGAGAGACAAACUGGACACCGUGGUUGACUUCCCUAUCAGGGAUUUGAACAUGUCUGAGUUUGUCUGCGACCCUAAAGCUGGCCCCUAUAUUUAUGACCUUGUUGCUGUGUCCAACCACUAUGGAGGAAUGGGUGGAGGCCACUACACAGCAUAUGCUAAGAACAAGAGUGAUGGGAAAUGGUACUACUUUGAUGACAGCAGUGUGUCCUCUGCCUCUGAGGAUCAGAUAGUAACUAAGGCAGCCUACGUGCUGUUCUACCAACGACGAGACGGAGAGUGCCCAUCAGGAUCGGCUCCCUCCGCAGCACUCGGAGGAGCCUCUGAGUCCCAGGAUGACCGCAUGGACACCAACUGAGAUUUGGUAGUUUUUAGGCACAGCUCUGAAUAACAGCUGAAUGCUUUAUGAACAGGUUUCUCAGUGACUUUGGCGGUCCAGCCGUUUUUUGCGUUGUUUGAAAUUUUUUCCACACAUAUACCACAGCGUAUUUGCCACAAGCCAGAAAGGAUCAUUUAAAAAAAGAAUUUAAAAAAUCAAUAAAUAAAUUGUUUAGUUUAAAGUGUGAUGACAGACUUUGUCUAUGGACAAUACAGCCCACAGAGCACUGCUUGUUCGUUUAAAAAGAGGAAGAUGAAAGGGCGGGAGACGGAAACAGAACUUCUUGGUGGAAAUGUUGAAAAGUUGCUUAAAUGAUUUUUGUGAAAGCAGAAUUUCCCUCGGUGGUAAAGUUUGAAACAGAAAGGAGCCACGUGCAUUGUGUUGCAUCAACCAAAGCUUUAAGAGUAUGCCUAGAUUUAGUCUCGAUGUAUGCAAACCUUCGUUGAAUUUCUUUUUCCCCUGAACUCUGAAUUAAGCAUUUUGUAAUGUGCCUCAUGAAGACUAGAAAAACAAAACAAACAAAACAGAAAACGCAGAAUGCUUUUUGACAGAAAACUUUUACUUAAAUAUGGGGAUUUCUUUUCUUUACACAUACUUCAUUAGAAAGCUGGUGUGGAUAGUAUAGGCUAAAUAAGCAGAUAUUCAUUGCUGAGCUCUCUCUCAAAUCUUAGCACUAGUUGCCUUUCUGCCCCAAGAAUUCUAAAAUGAGGGGCUUUAGAGUACAUUGCUCAUUCUAGUUUACACAUUCUGCUUGAAGAAAAGGCACUGAAAUGUAUGGCACAGUAUUUCUUUGGCUAAGAAAAAAACAUUUGCAAUUCUUUAUGCUUACGCUUCUUAAUCUUCCGGUUUGGAGGAUUGUAAUAUUUAGUUUGACGUGGUUGUUCCUCUCUCCUGAAAGAGUCGAUAUAGAGGAGAGGUUUAUCCAGACACUGGUUGAAAUGGGUGCUAAAUUUGCAAAGCUUGAAAAAGUCUCAGCAGGGUGGGGGCAGGGGGUGCAAUAUCAAGGCACCUUCAAAAUAAAUUACAUAUUUCAUUCUUUGCUGAAUCAUGCAUUUUAUUGGUUGCAGCAUUAUUUUCUUUGGAGUGUUCUUUAGUUACUGAUAAAUUCUGCACUUACUGGCAGUCAAUCUUUAAGGCUACCAAGUGUGCAUACAUCAUUAAUCCUCUGAGUUUGAGUGGAAAAUCAGCAAGUACGCGUCUAAAAAUGGAACGAAAAUGGAACUGUCUCACGUUGCCCCCCCUCACUCAGUCAAGCUGUGACAUAUGCUCGAGAUGAUCCUUCAAAUGUAUAAAAAACAUGCAGCCUACAGUAAUAACGUAGGGGCCAAUGCAUUUGUAUCCAACACAUCAAUGUAACAUCCAUCAUAUGGAUCAGUUUUUCAAAGACGUUGCAUAGAUGUAAAUAGUCACAUACUAUCAGCAAACUAGGAUGCGUUCGUUGUGUUUUAAUAUUUAUCAUGGCAAUAUGUUCAACCCCUGAUUUUGAAAUAUUCAGAACAAGAAUAAAGAAUUGGAGUCUGAUUUAA